GGACGUCGGCGGAUCGGAUUCUAACCCAUCGUUUACUGGUCUCGAAGCCAAAACAGCAAACGGGAGAAGCUCUUCGAGAUCUUGGUGCGUUCUUCCAGGAGAAGAAAACCGAUCCCCGUCGCAAAAACGAAUUGACUGUGAUUCGGAUUUAACCGCGUGUUUGGCGGUGAUCGAAUCGAGAGUUGAUGAGACAUGGACAAGUCCAGUGCCUUGGAGUACAUCAAUCAGAUGUUCCCUACAGAAGCAUCAUUAUUGGGGGUGGAGCCACUUAUGCAGAAGAUACAAAGCGAGAUUCGCCGUGUAGAUGCCAGCAUACUGGCAGCUGUCAGACAACAGAGUAACUCUGGCACAAAAGCCAAGGAAGAUCUUGCUGCUGCAACACAUGCUGUUCAGGAACUUAUGCACAAGAUACGUGAAAUAAAAACAAAGGCUGAACAAAGUGAAACCAUGGUUCAAGAAAUUUGUCGUGAUAUUAAGAAACUGGACUGCGCUAAGAAGCAUAUAACAACCACAAUUACGGCACUUCAUCGUCUUACCAUGCUAGUAUCGGCCGUUGAGCAGCUUCAAGUAAUGGCCUCAAAACGCCAAUAUAAGGAGGCUGCUGCACAGUUGGAGGCAGUAAACCAAUUGUGCAGUCACUUUGAAGCUUACAGGGAUAUACCAAAGAUAUCCGAACUCAGAGAGAAGUUCAAGAACAUCAAGAAAAUACUCAAGUCUCAUGUAUUUUCAGACUUUUCAAGCUUAGGGACUGGAAAAGAGACAGAAGAAACUAAUUUGCUGCAGCAGCUAACGGAUGCUUGCUUGGUUGUUGAUGCGUUGGAACCAUCUGUAAGGGAAGAACUAGUAAGAAACUUCUGCAAUAAGGAGCUCACUUCGUAUCGUCAGAUCUUUGAGGGAGCAGAAUUAGCAAAAUUGGAUAAGACUGAAAGGAGAUAUGCAUGGAUUAAGCGUCGGCUGCGGACAAAUGAGGAAAUUUGGAAGAUUUUCCCUCCUGCAUGGCAUGUUGACUAUCUUCUUUGCAUUCAGUUCUGUAAGCUGACGAGGAUGCAAAUUGUGGAUAUUCUUAACAAUCUGAAAGAGAAACCAGAUGUUGCAACACUUUUAUUGGCAUUGCAGAGGACACUUGAGUUUGAGGAAGAGUUGGCUGAAAAAUUCAGCGGAGGAACUGCAAGCACACGGAACAAAGAACUUGGGAAUGAUGUAGAAGAAUCUGGCAAGGGGGAAAGCAACAGGCAAAUUGUCUCAGAUAUUCGGAAGAAAUAUGAAAAAAAGCUUGCUAUGCAACAUGGUGAAGCUGAAACAGAAAAGGACAAGCAAAAAGAUUUAUCGGUGCCUGGGGCUGGAUUCAACUUUCGUGGCAUUAUUUCCUCUUGCUUUGAAACACAUUUGGCAGUCUAUGUGGAGCUAGAGGAGAAAACACUUAUGGAACAUUUGGAGAAACUUGUGCAGGAAGAAACAUGGGAAACUGAAGAGGGAAGUCAGACAAAUAUUUUGUCAAGUAGCAUGCAGGUAUUCUUGAUAAUAAGGAGAAGCUUAAAGCGAUGCAGUGCUUUAACAAAGAAUCAGACACUGUUUAAUUUGUUUGAGGUAUUUCAAAGAAUUCUGAAAGCAUAUGCAACAAAGCUAUACGCUAGAUUGCCCAAAGGUGGUACAGGGCUUGUUGCAGCUGCUACAGGAACAGAUGGACAGAUUAAGACAUCUGAUAGAGAUGAGAGAAUGAUAUGCUACAUUGUGAAUACAGCAGAGUACUGCCACAAAACUUCAGGUGAACUAGCUGAAAAUGUUUCAAAGAUCAUUGAUCCUUCAUUUUCAGACAAGGUGGAUAUGUCAGAAGUUCAGGAUGAAUUCUCUGCAGUGAUUACAAAAGCAUUAGUUACAUUAGUCCAUGGACUUGAGACCAAAUUUGAUGCUGAAAUGAUUGCAAUGACACGAGUUCCUUGGGCAAGCCUCGAAAGUGUUGGUGACCAGUCAGAGUAUGUCAAUGGCAUCAACUCUAUUCUUGCUAGUAGCAUUCCUAUGCUUGGUAGCCUAUUGUCGCCCACUUACUUCCAGUUUUUCUUGGACAAGCUUGCAGCAUCUCUUGGCCCUCGAUUUUACCUCAAUAUUUUCAAAUGCAAACAUAUAUCAGAAACUGGCGCACAGCAGAUGCUGCUGGAUACCCAGGCUGUAAAAACAAUCCUUUUGGAGAUUCCUUCUUUAGGGAAGCAGACAGCAGUUGCUACUAGCUAUUCAAAAUUUGUUAGUCGUGAAAUGAGUAAAGCUGAAGCACUGUUGAAGGUUAUAUUAUCUCCCAUUGAUUCUGUUGCAAAUACGUACAGAGCACUGCUUCCUGAGGGAACACCUGCUGAGUUCCAGAGGAUACUUGACCUCAAGGGCUUAAAGAAAGCAGACCAACAAGCUAUACUUGAUGAUUUCAACAAGCAAAACUCAUCAAUCAGACACCCAUCUGUGGCUCCAUCAGUAGCCAUCCCAUCUGCUCCACCUGCACCAGCUGCCCCAACUUUAACAGCCACAUCUACAACUGCCACGUCUACUCUCUCAUCCAAUACUUCUGCCUCUGUUGCUAUUGCAUCCCGAGAAGAUGUUCUCACUCGGGCUGCAGCUCUUGGAAGGGGAGCUGCUACAACUGGUUUCAAGAGGUUCCUUGCCUUAACAGAAGCUGCCAAGGACAGGAAAGAUGGACCCUUCCGGAAACUCUUCAAUCCUUAGUGCUUUCUUUUUCUUAAUUUCUUUUCCCCCUGUCUACCUUUUUGAGUAUAUGCCUAUAUGGUGUUUAUUCUUAACAGACGCAGAAGGUCCAAGUUAGGGUUCUAUGGAAACUUUGUUUAUGUUACUUUGUGCCAUAAGCUGCCAGAAGCAUUGUUGCCUUUCUCCUUACAUGUUCUGACAUAUUUUCUGAACUAUUGCAAUGAGUAUUAGAUUGGAAUGCAUUCAUGACUA